AUGGAGAAAAAUGUAGCGAGAAGGACACUUGCAGAGAAGCUAAAUGAUAGGAUUCUACCUAACAUCAUAAAGGACCUAAAUGCCAGGAGCAGGAACCUAAAUUAUGUCAUACACAAAGGACCUAACAACACAACAGAGAUUCAGGAUACUACUAAGGAAUUGAAAACUUGGAGACACACUGUUGAUUUGGGCAACACAUCAUGCAGCUGCCAAAGGUGGCAGAUAACUGGGCUGCCAUGUACUCAUGCACUUUGCUUGAUCAAUGCAUUAAAGAACAGGAAUGUGGAAGAUUAUGUACAUGAGUACUAUUCUGUAGCCAUGUUCAAGAAGGCUUAUGAAGGGGUUGUGCAUCCCAUGACAGAUAGAAGCCAAUGGCCUAAGGUUGAGAUAGGCUUUAAACUUUGGCCUCCAGCUUUUAAAAGAUCAGCAGGACGACCAAGGACAAGAAGAUUGAAGGGAGCUGAAGAAGGUGGAAAGGGAACUCGUAGACAGAUGCAGUGCAAAAGAUGUGGUCAAUUUGGGCACAUGAUGAAGACUUGCAAUGAGACAAUGUAUGACUCAGAUGCACCUCCUCCUGCAGCAGCUAAGCCCAAAAGAAGCAAGGGAAAGAAAAGCAAGCCAACUUCUACAGUUUCUACCCAGCAGUCUCAGGUUGGAGGAAGCACUGCAAGUGCUGCAGCAGCACCUUCUAGCCCUACAGCCAACACUAGAAGCCACAAAAGGAUGUUGGGCAUGACAGAUGGAAGUUCAUCCCCUCCUAAGAAGAUCAAGGUGACGACCAAGAGGACACCAAAGAGAAAGAACACUACUGGCAUGGUAGCCAAGAAGAAACUAGUCAUGGAUAAGCACAAGUAG